CAAGUAAUUUACAAAUAAAGUUGGAUUGGAUUUAGUUUCUGCUGUGGGACAUGGACACUUUUGUUAAAAAUAAAUUACAUGAAUGGGGACUCAGCAAGUGGAUACCUAAUUUUGAAGAUGAAGAGAUAAAUGAGCAAAGUUUUUACCUUCUUGAUGAUGGAUUAAUUCAUCAGUUGAUCCCAAAAGGAGGACCGAGGAUGAUCUUCAAGGGUAAACUUAAGUUGUUGAAGGAAACACAAAAUCCACCAUCAAAUCAGGAAGUGGUUGCUGCUCCGCCUCCAGAAGAUAAGAGCAUGACUCCUCCACCAUCAUUUCUGGAAAUGGUUGAUUCUCCUCCUUCAGCAACACAGACUCCUCCAACACCUCAGGAAAUGCUUUAUUCUCCUCCUCCAGUUCCAUCCACCAGUGACAGAGAUGACACAGGGAAGAGACUGCUGGAUCCUAAGGAGGAGACGCCCAGGAAACGUCAAUGUGUCAUUUCACCAGAUUCAUUUUCAGAAAGCGUCAUACGGGCUGGUGUGAGACACACAAUUGAUUUUGUCACCGAGAAACUACAAAAUAAAGACAACACAAGGCUCAACGCUUUCCUGAAAGAUAAAAUCAAAGAUUUGAUGACAGAAAAAAGGGAACUAGUUGGUGUCUUUGGGAAAACGGGAGCUGGAAAGAGCUCUUUGAUAAAUGCCGUCAUUGAGGAGAAGGAACUUCUGCCGUCUGGGGAUGUCGAUGCAUGUACCUCAGUCAUGAUAAAACUAGAGGCAAACAUGGACACACCAAGAUAUGAGGCACACAUUGAGUUCAUUACGCCAGAGGAGUGGAAAGAUGAACUGUGGUCUAUGGAAAAUGUUCUUGAUGAGCAUGAUGAUGAUUAUAGUGCCACUAAGGAAAAGAUUUCAGCACUGUAUGAACAAGAUUGGAAAGAAAUCUCUAAUGGCAUGGACAACAAAUAUUUCAAAGAAAUUCCAGAAUUUCUCCAGUCAAGGAAGAAGAUCAUCAAAUGUGACUCGGCUAAAGAACUUGCAGCAAAAUGUGUCAAAUACACAAGAAAUGACUCCAACGUGGAAAAGUGUAAAGAAUUAAAGAGACAGUAUUGGCCGUUAGUGAAGUGUGUGACUCUCAGGGUUCCUGGAAAUGACCUCCUUCAGCAUGUCACAAUUGUGGACCUUCCGGGAACUGGGGAUCGUAACAAAAGCAGAGAUAAAAUGUGGAAAGAGAUUGUUGGAAACUGUUCCACUGUGUGGAUUGUGACUGAAACUACUCGAGCAACAGCAGAGAAAGAACCUUGGGAGAUCCUGGAAAAUGCCAGUAGCCUUAUGGGAAAUGGUGGCGAGUGUCAGCACAUUCACUUCAUUUGCACCAAGUCUGAUCAAAUUAAUGAUUCAGAUUUUAAGUCACGAGAUGAAGUUCGUAAUCGUGUGCUUGAACGAAACGAAAAAGCCAAACAUGGAGUGAUGAAACAAUUUAGCAAGGAAAACGAAAUUAAGAAACACUUCAGUGAUGACAGUUUCAAAGUGUUCACAGUGAGCUCCAAAGAGUUUCUGAAGAAUAAAUAUCUUGAGCGAGAUGAAACCGAAAUUCCGCAAUUGCAGAAUUUUUUGAAAGACCUGAACGACUCUCACUCAGAGACAUUAAACUAUGUGUCUGGAGCUCGUGGGAUUUUGUCUCUGAUUCAAGGAACCAGAUGCAUGGAAGUGGCUGGUAAAAAAGCAGAGGUGUAUAAGGAGCUUGAAGAGAAGAUGAGAGAUGAACUUGACAAAGUCAAAAAGUCCGUGGAAGAGGCUCAUUCAGCUUUUGAAUCACACCUUGCAGAGGGCGUUGAAGAAUCACUACGUUUAUGUGACAAAACAAUGAAGUCCAUUUUAGAGCCUCCAAGGACAAAAGGUAGCAGCUUUCACAAGAUACUGAAGUAUGUAGUUCAGAACAAUGGUGCCUACAAAUCAAAGAAAGGGAAACCUAAAAACUUGAAUGAGAAGUUAAGUUCACAUCUGACUGACAGCAUUGAUGCAGAAUUCAAGAAGACCUUCCCAAAUGAAAGCAACUCUGGACCUUUCAAGAAUGUCAUCAAAGAGUUUUCACUGAACACAGAGACGCUGAUUCAAAAGUACGAUGACGUCAAACUGCAACUCACUUUUCUCAAGACAGAGGAGGACAAACUCAAACUACAGCUCCACAAAAUCGUCCGGGAUCGUAAGAAGAAGAUCUACAGCAGCCUGACAGACACAAUUGAGGCAAACAUGAAAACAUGCUAUGACGAAGCAAAAGAGAUUUGUGGACCGGGCUCACUGUUAAAAAUGAGGGAGAUUAUUCUGACUCAUGUACAUGGUACAAGGAACACAAUGUUUGAGAUGGCUAAAAAGAACAUGUUGACACAACUGGAUGCUUUGAAGGGGGAAAUUCUGAAGAAACUCGAGGAAACCCUGAUGGAAUCAAUUGAACUGGCACUCAAGACAGACAGCGACUCAUUCCCAGAUGUUUCAGGAGAGCUUAACAUUGUGACCAAAUACUACACUCACCUGGAAGGCAGGCCAGAAGAACGACCAGGGCCGUCCAACUGAUGACAGGAUUGUGUCUUCGAGGGUUAUAUUUCCCAAGCUUUUUCUAUGGAGACCUCAUUUUUAAAGGUGACAAACCAUCCUGACAAGAGCAGAGUUGUACUUUGUAACAUUUCUCACCAUUUUUAAUGCUGUUUCUGUAUCACCUUAUAUUGUAGGUAAAUUGGCCCUUUCCAUGAGAUAAUUGUGUGAUAAAUAAAUCACAGCUUCAUUUUA